UCAGGGUUUAUUUAUACAUCCACUAUUAGCACUAACAACUCCCUUAUUAAUAGCUAACUAGCUAACCACCCUAACCGCUCUUAGUCAUCACGUUGACCAAGACCUCCACAUCAGCAAGCUAUAACAUAAUGCCAAAGAGAGAUGAUUGGGCUAGGGUUCGAAACCCUAUCACCCGGCCACGACAUGGAUCUACAAGGUUCAAAGUAGCAAGCAGAUACAGCAAUUGAGAAGGAAGGGAAAGGGAAAUAGUCUGGACAACCUACCACCAUCGACAGCUUAGAGACGAUGAGCGAUAGAAGCGAUCCGAAAUCUAGAAAAAUCCAGCAUCUAAUGGUGUUUUUGAGGGAGCGAGUACAAGAAUAGAGAGCAAAAUGACGAGAUGGAACGAUGUUGGGCCUAGGGUGAGAAAUCCCAGCCCCCGACCUUGGAUCUCUAAGGCUCGAAGUAGCAGGCCAAUGCAGCAAUAAUGGAGAAACAACAAGAAGGGCGACAGUAUGAAGAAGUUGCCACUAGCUACAAUCUGGCAACAAAGAGCAAUAGAAAAGAAGCCAAAACCAGAAGCGUCCAACGGUUUUUUUGAAGUUUCUUGCUGUCUGAGGACGGAGACAAAGAGGUUCAACAACGAUUUGAUAGUUUCCAAGACUCGAAAGAAAGCGCUGAACGUUGUGUACAGAUGGAAGUGUCGGAGCAACCGGAUUAUCUCCGCGAAGCUGUUCUCGAAAUAGUAUUGGCCCAACCUGUAGUAGUUUGGGGUAUAUAGACGGUGGUGAGAUGUAAAUGUACAGAGCAUUUUUAUUAUUAUUUUAUCAAUUUUUUUAGUUUGAAUUAUACAUUAAAGUAUUCCACCUUAAAUAAAUUGCCUUAAACAAUGAUUUUUGGUACUGUAUUUGUUUAAAAAAAUAUAUUUCAAUCUUUAUUAACUUUGUUUGUUGAGAUCCCUCUUUAUCCACUGUGUUUGUUUCUUUGUUAUUUUUUAAUUAUGUUUUUAUUUUAAUGAAUUUGUUUUCGGUAU